AUGUCGAGAGGCGAAAUAAAAUCCAACGAAGAUGUGGAAGUUGAGUUGGGAAGAUAUCAAGACGAUCAGUAUAAUGACAGCGGUAGAGCUGCUGAUCUAGAUGAUCUAGAGGCUGAAUACGACAGAUAUAAAAGUUCCGAGCAGAACGUGACGAAUUUACGCGCAUCUGGGACUGUUGAGAAUCAGUAUGGAAGCACUCAAGCGCGCAAGGACAGCAAAAAGGAGGACAGUCCCGUUGAUUAUACUCUCUUUAGUGGGUCCUCCAACCAAAUUCCGGUUUUCGAUGAAAAUAUCGUGACCUGCAAAGAAUAUUACCAGCACACCAUUUCUCCUUAUGUGAGUUGGAAGAGUGUGCGCGAUUAUUUCUUCGGACUUUUCCCUAUUGUACAUUGGCUUCCACACUAUAACAUAAGGUGGCUGUAUUCGGAUUUGGUUGCCGGUAUCACUGUGGGGUGUGUGCUUGUCCCACAGUCCAUGUCUUAUGCUCAGGUGGCCACUUUGCCUGCGCAGUAUGGUCUAUACUCAUCCUUCAUCGGUGCGUUCAUUUAUUCUUUGUUCGCAACUAGUAAAGAUGUCUGUAUCGGUCCAGUUGCUGUUAUGUCCUUAGAAACCGCCAAAGUUAUUGCUAGAGUUACGGAAAGGCUUCCUGCUGAUACUGAUAUUACGGCUGCUACUAUAGCUACUGUUUUGUCUUUGUUAUGUGGUAUCAUUGCUAUUGGUAUUGGUUUGCUCAGACUUGGUUUCCUUGUGGAGCUAAUUUCAUUGACAGCUGUUGCAGGUUUUAUGAGUGGUUCUGCAAUUAACAUUAUUUCCGGACAAGUACCUGCCUUGAUGGGCUAUGGGUCUAAGGUGAACACGAGAACUAGUACUUACUUGGUCAUCAUCGAAAGUUUAAAGCACUUGCCAGACACCAAGUUGGAUGCUGUUUUUGGUCUGAUUCCCUUGUUUCUGUUGUACACUUGGAAAUGGAUUUGCAGUAGCUCUGGUCCAAGACUGGUGGAAAGAUAUGCGAAGCCAAAUAGUAUCAAGGCCAAAUUCUGGUUGCAAUUUUUCUUCUAUGCUCAAGCUUUGAGAAACGCUGUCAUUAUCAUCGUUUUCACUUUGAUUGCCUGGGGUAUUACAAGACAUAAGUCUAAAAGUCCUAUCAGUCUAUUGGGCAAUGUUCCAUCUGGUUUGAAAGACGUUGGUUUGAUGAAGUUUCCUGAAGGCCUUGCAUCCAAGUUGGCUCCUGAAUUACCUGCCUCAGUGAUUGUGUUGGUUCUUGAGCACAUUGCUAUUUCUAAAGCUUUCGGUAGAGUUAACGACUACAGAGUUGUGCCAGAUCAAGAAUUGAUUGCCAUUGGUGCCACUAACUUGAUUGGUACAUUCUUCAACGCCUAUCCUGCAACUGGAUCUUUUUCGAGAUCCGCGCUUAAGGCCAAAUGUAAUGUUGCUACUCCUCUGUCAGGUGUGUUUUCCGGAUGUUGUGUCUUGGUUGCCAUCUACUGUCUAACUUCUGCGUUUAAAUUCAUUCCUAAGGCCACUUUAAGCGCUGUUAUUAUUCAUGCUGUUAGUGAUUUGGUCGCCUCUUACAAGACCUCCUGGAACUUCUGGAAAAUGAAUCCUCUAGAUUUUUUUGCUUUCAUUGUAACGGUCAUCAUUACCGUUUUUUCUAGUAUCGAGAAUGGUAUCUACUUCGCGAUGUGCUGGUCAUGCGCUAUGCUACUUUUGAAGGUUGCAUUUCCAAGUGGACAAUUCUUGGGUAGAGUUGAAGUUGCCGAGGUUUUGAAUCCUCAAAUCCAGGAAUCUGUUUUGGAAACUGUGGACAUCAAAGCUACCCCAGUGGGAAAUUCCAAGUCAGAUGUUCAGAACAAGUACUCUGAUAUUACCCUAUCUCAAAGCUCAGUAUCGAGCUAUUCUCCAAAUCCAACAGUACAAUUCCACACAAAAUGGCUACCAUUUGACCAUUCUUAUACGCGUGAGCUUAACCCCGAUGUUGAAGUCCUGCCCCCUCCACCUGGCGUGAUAGUGUACAGGCCAACAGAAAGUUGGACGUAUCUGAACGCUUCCAGGCAAUACGAUGCCAUUUUUGACGAGGUUGAAAAAAGAACACGUCGUGGAAGGCUUCACGUUCAUAGAAAUCCACGGGACCGUCCUUGGAAUGACCCCGGUGACUGGACUCCACCAAGGUUCUUGAGAAAGGUUCUACCAUCAAAAUGGGGAUCUGAUUCUUCUUUUGAUGAACCAGUUAGAGAUGACAGACCAGUUCUACGAAUCAUCGCAAUGGACUGGUCUCAAGUCACACAAACGGAUUCAACUGGCCUGCAGACGCUGGUCGAUCUGCGUAAAGCGGUUAACAAAUACGCUGAUAGACAGGUAGAGUUUCAUUUCAGCGGCAUUAUUUCUCCUUGGAUCAAACGGGCUUUAGUCAAUUUUGGUUUCGGAGUAGUAAACGAGGAAUAUGCUAAUGAAUCUCUGCUUGUUGGACACGCAAGUUACCAUCUAGUUAGAUCUCGUCAAACUGAUGAAGAGUCUCGGAUACCUGUGGAGACACGCUACAACGUUUACGCUGCAUCUGGUACAAACACUCCAUUCUUUCACCUGGAGAUGCCUGAUUUUGCCAAAUGGGACAUACAACCAAUCCAUUAA